CUACCUUUCCCUUUCACCCUGAAACGUCUGCGCUUCUGUGACAAGACUCUCCUAACCCAUUCCUACUGCCUCCAUCAAGAUGUCAUGAAGCUGGCCUGCUCUGACAACAAGGUCAAUGUCAUCUAUGGCUUAUUUGUGGCUCUCUCAGGUUUGCUGGAUAUAGGAUUUAUUUUCCUGUCUUAUGUGUUGAUACUGAAAGUAGUGUUGAGCAUAGCGUCGCAGAAGGAAAGGCUCAAGGUCCUCAAUACCUGCGUCUCCCACAUCUGUGCUGUGCUUAUCUUCUACGUGCCUGUGAUCUCCCUGGCCAUCAUCCACCGGUUUGGCAAACACAGUUCUGUACUAAUUAGGAUCCUGUUGGCUGAUGUUCUGCUCUUGGUGCCUCCGCUCAUGAACCCCAUUGUGUACUGCGUGAAGAGUCAGCAGAUAAGGAAGCUGAUCUUAGAGAAACUGUGUCCGCAGAAAUGUUGA